GCCAUGGCGCCGCACCGGGCGGUGGACUGCCCGGAGAGCCUGGGGGCGGACGCCCACCGCAGGCUCGCCCUCCGCACCGGCCCGGGCGCCGCGGGGGGCGCCGCCGGCGGGCUCGAGGCGGUGGCCUCUGCGGGAUGCGCCGCGGCCGGCGAGGUCGCGGGGGGCCAGCGCGGCCCGCAGGCGGCGGAGCGGCGGGCCGCGGCGCCGCAGGUGCCCGGGGAGGCCGCGGGGGAGCGGCCAGCGGGCGACGGGCUGGCCGAGCUACAGCGGCUGCAGCUGCGGCAGGUACUCGGCGUGGGGUGA